AGGGACUAUCGAUAUGUGAUCUCUAACCGUCCUUCUUCCACCUGUGCCCCGCGAUUGUCAAGAUGGCUGCGUGGUUUACGAUUGGCGUUGCGCUGUUUGCUGCAAUCGGAACCUUUCUUUUCGGAUUCGAUACGGGCAUCGCUACGACAACAAUCGCUCAUCAAAGCUGGAUAAACUACAUGAACAACCCUUCCAAUGGCCUCACUGGUGCUGUCGUCUCAGUUUACAUUGCCGGCGAAGCAGUCGGCGCACUCACUCAGACUGCAGUCGGAGAUAAACUUGGACGUCUUCGAUUUAUGGAGCUACUAUGUGUAGUCGUCACAAUUGGUACAGUCAUUCAGACAGCUUCAGUCAAUAUCGGAAUGUUCCUUGCUGGGCGUGCGUUAGCUGGCUAUGCAGUCGGGGGUCUUGUCGCUACGGUUCCCAUAUAUUUGAGCGAAAUCUCAGACCCCCGCUAUCGCGGCCUGAUCGGUGGCAUUUCAGGGUGUGGCAUCUCCUUCGGAACGAUGGCCUCCAACUGGAUCGGAUAUGCUUGCAGCUACGCGCCUUAUGGACCAGUUCAAUGGAGACUUCCUCUUGGAAUACAAGUGCCUUGGGGUGUCAUCAUGUUCUUUGGACUGAUCACCUUUAUGCCCGACUCUCCGCGCCAUCUGAUCCGUAAAGGGAAAGUUGAACAGGCGCAGGUCCAGUAUAAGAGGAUCCGUCGAGGUGUGCCUGCGGAUGAACUCCAGCAGGAGUUUGCCGCGAUGGUGGCGCAAAUUGAAUACGAGAAGGAGCGAGAAAUAACUUCCUACAAGGAUAUAUUCAGACUGUUUAGACGCCGUGCAUUAGUAUCGAUUACUGUGCAGACCAUGACUAGUCUUACUGGUGUGAAUGUGAUACAAUACUAUCAAACAACUCUAUACAAAUCCCUCGGAAUAGACUCGCAUACUAUCCUUGCACUAGCCGCCGUAUACGGCACAGUGGCAUUCAUCUUCAACUGCCUCACAACCAAAUACCUAACCGACCAAUGGGGUCGUCGGAAAAUGCUUCUAUCCGGCUUGGGCGGCAUCAUUAUCGUCGAGAUCUACGCAGCCGUCAUGCAACGCGAAUUCCAAAACACCGACAACCGAGUCGGAAAAGGCUUUGCCAUUCUGGGAAUCUAUCUCUUCGUGGUAGCAUACUACGGCAUGCUCAACAGCACAACCUGGCUCUACGGCGCCGAAGUCCUCCCCAUAGCUCUCCGGAGCAAAGUAAUGGGUCUAGCCGCAGCAUCACACUUUAUAGUCAACGUAGCCAUCACCGAAGCCGGCCCCAGUGCAUUUGCCAACAUCGGCGAAAACUACUACUACGUUUUCGUAGCAUGCACUGUCUUCUUCUUUACCGUGGCUUAUUUUUACUUUCCUGAAACGAAACAACGCACACUUGAAGAGAUCGCGGCAUCCUUUGGAGAUAAGGUCAUUACAUCUGACAAACGGGGUGAUGGUGAGGAUGAGGAUCCAGAUGCGAAAUGUAAUUCUGAACGUGUUGAGGUGGUGUAUGAUGAGAGGGCCUGAUUGAUUUUCCACUUGACUGAUAGGAGAAUGGGG